GCAUAUACUAGUCUCAAAUGAUUUGUUCCAGCAAGCCACAAAAAGGAAUAUGUUGUCUUCCAGUUGAUUUGGGAAGGGGGUAAAGGCAAAAGGGGGAGGCUUUGUGGCACGGGCUAAAGGUUGCAAAAGGUGACGGAGAGAAAGGGUUAGCACUUUUUAAAAUUAUAUAUAUAUCGUUUACGUGUUGGAUGAAGCCUAAAGCUGCCAGAUAGCUUCUUUUCGACAGCUUGGAGUUACUGUUGGGAACAGAUCCAUGUAUGGAAGCGAAAGCAGAAAAGCAGAGAUAAGCCGCUAUCCAGCUAUGCAAACCAUGUUUAGAGACACUUAAAGGACAAGCAUCCAAACUUCUUUCUUUCUGGUAAAUGCAGAGGAGCUAUCAUAUGAAGUUCUCACUCCACACAGCCCGAAACAGAGGUGCCGGGACUUGACAGGCGGUUGGAAAACGUUGGGAAACUGGUACGAGAAGCCAAUCAUGAUGGGAUUAAAGAAUCUAGCUGCCUUUCCUGGUGGUCUUCACCUUUUAAGUGUUUGUGUGCUCUUGCUGCUAUUUCACAUGGACAAAGUGCAUGCAGAACAUCUGUCCGAAAAUGCCAGCGAAGCUGAUGCGUGCACUGGUACCUAUUUCUGUAAGAAAGGUGUGAUUUUGCCAAUCUGGGAGCCUCAAGACCCUUCCUUUGGAGAUAAAAUAGCAAGAGCUACCGUAUACUUUGUGGCUAUGGUCUAUAUGUUUCUAGGAGUAUCCAUCAUAGCAGACCGCUUCAUGUCAUCCAUAGAAGUUAUCACAUCCCAAGAAAGAGAGAUCACGAUCAAGAAACCCAAUGGCGAGACCACCAAGACGACUGUUAGAGUUUGGAACGAGACUGUUUCCAACUUAACGCUGAUGGCUCUGGGCUCUUCUGCACCUGAGAUUCUCCUUUCUGUCAUUGAAGUGUGCGGCCAUGGCUUCACUGCAGGGGACCUUGGGCCGAGCACCAUUGUAGGAAGUGCUGCUUUUAACAUGUUUGUCAUCAUAGCCAUCUGUGUCUACGUUGUCCCUGAUGGGGAGGUUAGGAAGAUUAAGCACCUCCGUGUGUUUUUCGUCACGGCCGCUUGGAGCAUCUUUGCCUACACAUGGCUCUACCUGAUUUUGUCUGUCAUAUCGCCUGGGGUUGUCGACGUCUGGGAAGGCUUGCUCACCUUGUUCUUUUUCCCCAUCUGCGUGGUGUUCGCAUGGGUUGCGGACAGAAGGCUUUUGUUCUACAAGUACGUCUACAAGAAGUACAGGGCUGGCAAGCAGAGGGGCAUGAUCAUCGAGCACGAAGGCGAAGGGCCACAGUCCAAAGCGGACAUUGAAAUGGAUGGGAAGGUGGUGAAUUCUCAUGUCGAAAGCUUCUUGGACGGCACCCUGGUCCUAGAGGUGGACGAGAAGGACCACGAUGAUGAGGAAGCAAGGAGGGAAAUGGCCAGGAUCCUCAAAGAGCUGAAGCAGAAGCACCCAGACAAAGAAGUUGAGCAGCUGAUAGAGCUAGCUAACUAUCAGGUAUUGAGCCAGCAGCAAAAGAGCCGAGCCUUUUACCGUAUCCAGGCUACUCGGCUCAUGACGGGAGCUGGCAACAUACUGAAGAGGCAUGCAGCUGACCAGGCAAGGAAAGCGGUCAGCAUGCACGAGGUCAACUGUGAAGUGGCAGACAACGACCCCAUCAGUAAGGUCUUUUUUGAGCAGGGCACCUACCAGUGCCUAGAGAACUGUGGCACGGUAGCUCUAACUAUUGCUCGCCGAGGUGGCGAUUUGACCAAGACCAUCUCAGUUGACUUCCGAACAGAAGAUGGCACAGCCAACGCUGGCUCCGACUAUGAGUUCACUGAAGGGACUGUGGUGUUUAAGCCAGGCGAGAUGCAGAAGGAAAUACGGGUGGGCAUAAUUGACGAUGAUAUAUUUGAGGAAGACGAGAACUUCCUCGUUCACCUCAGUAAUGUGAAAAUGUUAUCUGAGGAGGGAGAAGACGGUGUUCUGGAGGUCAACCACAUUGCAACCGUGGCUUGCCUGGGGUCGCCUGCUACUGCCACUGUCACGAUCUUUGACGACGACCACGCUGGCAUUUUUACCUUUGAGGAGCCAGUCACUCACGUGAGUGAGAGCGUGGGAACGAUGGAAGUGAGAGUGCUACGGACAUCUGGAGCGCGAGGAAAUGUUAUUGUGCCCUACAAAACCCUCGAAGGCACGGCCAAAGGGGGCGGAGAGGACUUCGAAGACACUUGCGGAGAGCUUGAGUUCCAGAACGACGAGAUUGUCAAAGUGGUAUCAAUCAAAGUAAUUGAUGAUGAGGAGUAUGAGAAAAACAAGACAUUCUACGUUGAGAUUGGGGAGCCCCGUCUGGUGGAGAUGAGUGAAAAGAAAGCCCUGUUGUUGAAUGAGCUUGGUGGCUUCACAAUUACAGGGAAACGUUUGAACGGCAAACCUGUCUUCCGGAAGGUACAUCCUAGAGACCAUCCCUUUCCUUCUACUGUAAUCAACAUUCAAGAAGAGAACGAAGAGAAGCAACCACUGACGAGCAAAGAGGAGGAAGAGCGUCGCAUUGCAGAAAUGGGGCGCCCCAUCUUAGGGGAGCAUACGAAGCUGGAAGUGAUUAUUGAGGAGUCCUACGAGUUUAAGAACACCGUGGACAAGCUCAUUAAGAAGACAAACCUAGCUCUUGUGGUUGGAACAAACAGCUGGAGAGAACAGUUCAUUGAAGCUAUCACUGUCAGCGCCGGAGAGGACGAUGACGACGACGAAUGUGGGGAAGAGAAGCUGCCCUCCUGCUUUGACUAUGUGAUGCACUUUCUGACCGUCUUCUGGAAGGUCCUUUUUGCCUUUGUCCCCCCUACGGACUACUGGAAUGGUUGGGCUUGUUUUGUUGUGUCCAUCCUAAUGAUCGGCCUUCUGACUGCGUUCAUCGGGGACUUGGCGUCCCAUUUUGGCUGCACCAUUGGGCUGAAGGAUUCUGUGACUGCAGUCGUGUUCGUGGCAUUGGGGACUUCAGUGCCAGACACAUUUGCCAGCAAGGUGGCAGCCACGCAGGAUCAAUACGCAGACGCUUCCAUAGGCAACGUCACCGGGAGCAACGCAGUGAAUGUUUUCCUUGGGAUUGGUGUCGCCUGGUCCAUCGCUGCCAUCUACCACGCAGCCAACGGCAGGGCAUUUGAAGUCCAGCCAGGCACCCUGGCUUUCUCCGUCACCCUCUUCACUAUAUUUGCUUUUAUCAGUGUUGGCGUGCUCCUCUACCGGCGGAGACCGGAGAUUGGAGGUGAGCUGGGCGGGCCACGGACUGCCAAGAUUCUGACCUCAUCCCUCUUUGUGCUCCUCUGGCUCUUGUACAUAUUAUUCUCAUCUCUGGAAGCCUACUGCCACAUACAGGGCUUCUAAAAGAACUAUUGGAGAGAGCAUCUAUAUGUAUCUAUAUAUACAGAGAGAGAGAAAAAGAGAGAGAUAGGUAUAUAGAUAUAGAUCUAAUAUUAUUGAACUGAGGAAGAAAAGACAUUUUGCCAUGUUCACUUAUCUACUGAUGGAAUGUAGCUUUGCGGUAGGAGUUUGGAACCUGCAGGACUCUCCACCAGGGGCAGCGUCAUAGAAACGGAGGCACAGGGGCAGGGCCAUCUUUGCAACUCAACCUACGAGGUCACGAUGGAGUUACUUUCUAUUUCCCCCUUCUCCCCCCCUAGAUGAGGACUGAUCCGACUGCAGUUGGGGGGGAGGGCCUUGAUUGGAAUGGCAAAAGGCCAGGUUCAGCUAUAUCGUAUUGAGUGGAUGACUUUCCAAGGGGAGUUCUUGACUUUCUUACCGAUAUCUUUGUUGCCUUCUUCAUAACUCAAGAAUGAGCCGAAUCAUCGCCCUCAAAGAAAACUUGUGAGUGUGGAGUGACAUACACGGUCCGGGGGCUUUCUAGCCUCCAUGCUGUUUUGGGAUGUGGUUGGUUGUUGUUGUUGUUUUGUAUUCUUCCCCCUUUGCUGUCCAGCUAUUAAGAGUACCUUACGUUGAAAACAACCACACAAAUCCCUUUCCCCGUUUUUUUCCUUUUCUUUUGGAACUGUAUUUAUGAUUGGUUCAUCCAGUCCCCCUUUAAAAGAAAAAUGAUCUUCUUAGACAGCCUUUGACCAGCACUCCAUUUGCUCCGAAACUGUGGAAUUUACAGACACAUGCCCAAAGCCCUAAUGUCCAACUCCUGCUUCGCUUUUUUGUUCUCGCUCUGACGUGCCUCGUCAGAUUUGUUUCACUUACCUCCUGUGCCCUUGCCCACCCUGCUGCCACUCUUCGCUGCUCUGCUCCUUCUCAUGCUCCUCUUUGGGAAUGCUUUCAUGGUACUUGCUGUAACACUUUGCAUGAAAGAAGCAAACCAUAAUCUGUAAUAUAGCAUUGAAUAGCGGUGAUAGUCUGCUCAGCGAUGCCGAUUGAACACUGAAGAUGCAAGUAUGUGGUCUUUUUUCUCUCUCUCUCUUUCUUUCCACACUUUUCCUUUCCUUUUUAACAAACAGGACGAGAGGCAGGAAAUAGCUGGCAGUCCUUUGCUCUGCAUAAGUGUCCUAAGAAGCAAUAACCAAGAGAUGUGUGGAAAUGCGUGUGUUUUAAAAGGGGAAAUUUGCGCAGAGUCUUAGGCCAUUCUAGAAUGGGAUCUUACCUGCCAGCUGAGCUUAGGAUCAACUUGAACAUAGGAACCUGCUUAUACUGAGUCAGGCCAAUGGCCCAUCUAGCACAGUACUGUCUACUCUGACUGGCAGAGGCAUCUUCCAGCUACCUACCAUUUUUAACUCAAGAGUCCAUGGAUCAAACCUGGGACUUUCGGCAUACAAAGCAUAGGCUCUACCACUGAGUUGCAGAUGUGUAGAACCUGCUUUGCAUCUAGUCUGUAUGAACUAAGUGGGUCUUAGCAUUGCUCACGCUAAGUAUGAGUAGCCAUAUCAAGCCCUAAAUAAGCAGGAUACCCUUGAGCUUUUCUUCAAUUGUCAGUUUCCCCUCCCCAAUAUAUUUAUGCUGUGUUUGUUUCUGACUUUAAGUACCUGAUGUGCCAACCCUUUGGCACCUUUGGCUUCAGCACUUUGAAAACCUGUACCCUGGUCCAGUCUUCAUGAAGGGCACCUUGCAGACACAGUUAGAUUUAGUCCCCUCCAAUGGAUGUUAAACAUUCCACUACCCACCGAUCUUCAUUGUCCUAGCUAGGAAAAGUGGCAAAUCUUGCAUUGUCCAGCAGUGGAUGCAGUUUGUCCCUGGGAACUAGAAGUUGGACUCCUGCUAUUUAUUAGUUAUUCAUUGUGAGCUAUAGACUCAGUCCUUGUACAAUUGCACAGAGAGGUACUGAAACAGCUUUUGCUUUGGAAAUGCUAUCAUCCAGCGCUCAGGUACAGAGGAUGCUUGCUUUGUUGCUGGGUUGUUUGUUUUUUCCAUCUCUCCCCGUCCACCUUUCUUCCCCCACACCUUUCUCAUUUAUCAGAUCCCCACCCUGUCUCCAAGCUCUGGUGCUCAUGGAAGGAACAAGCCAUUUAGAAAAGGAUCAGAACAAGAGAAGUCAGCCAGUCUUAAGAUACCACCAGGGUAGCAUGGAAGGACUCUUCAAGGCAUGGCUAGAGGGAACCAAAACCCUGUGGUGAUUGUAGGAAAGGAUCAGGUCUACACAUCAGGAGAUCCAAAAAUAGAAGUGAAGGGGGCUGCUCGGCAGUCAUGAGCCACUGUUGCUUGCUCUGUAGAUGGAGAAGAUGCAGGAGUGGUGAGGAGAGAGAAUUCUGACUGUAGCAGCUUGGGACUACUUGAGUGGAGACAAAAAUGGGUACCCAGGGCUGAGUGAGGGGAGCUGUUCAAGCAAGCAGGACGAGGGGAGCUGUUCGAGGAAGCAUCUGAAUUGACACAGCAGGAAAAGGGGAGAUUAGGAAGACAGAGCCUGCUGAAAUAAAUCCGCUCUCCCACCGUAAUAGAACAACAAGGUCCACUUGGUGGAGAUGUGCAAGAGCUCAUCACCAAUGCUUCCUUCCUCUUAAGCAAAGUCUAUUUACAGGGGAACAGAAACACAGUCAAUCUUUUUGGCAGACAAGUGCACACAGUGUGUGCACCUUCCCUGGCCACAUUAAAGCUAGUGGGUGUGCACUUCUGGAAUUAAAAAAAAGACCCAUGCAAACACUUCCUUAAGUACAGUCCUGCAUCUCAGUUGGGUGAGCAGUUCCGGAGAGAGCUAAGAGGAUGGUUUUCAGGGUGGCGAGCAGCUGCCAACUGAAGGGAAGGCAAAUCCAUUCACACUUUUGAUCUCCUAAAACGGUGAUUCAUGCUCAGGAGUGAGGUUGUUGGUCCACCUAGCUCAGUUCUGUCUACUCCCAGUGGCAGUGUUUCUCUGGGGUUUUGCAUCAGACAUGCCAGAGGCUGCAACUGGGGCCUUAUGUGCAAAGCGUAACAGCUGUGGCUCUGCAGUGUGUGCGUGGCCUUAUGAUUUGAGUGGCGUUGCUUGGGGACAAAAGGAAGGUGGUGGAAUUUGCAAGCCAUGCCCCAAAACCUAGUCUUUCUUCCGCUGGUACAUGUAAUGGCAGUAUCAGGGAGCGUCCUUAGAGCCACAUUAUUUCCUCUAUAGAUUGACCCCAAACAACUGCUCUUCUCUCACACUGUGACACAUGGAGUGAUUCCCCCCACACACACACACACACAAAAAUAUAUAAUCACAUGCCAGGAGCAAAAUGGUUGGGUCUAUCCAUUCUAAGAAGCAGGAGGGGGCAGAUAGCAAUAGACCACCUCCAUCUUGUAAAACAACAGGAAACUGUGUCCAUGCACCUUAGCUGGACCAGAACAUCAACUGCUAUAGGAUCAUUUGUUAAACGUCAGAGGAAAAUCUAAUUGUAUCAUUAUAAUGAUUGAAUUGAGGAUGUUGCAGGGGGAGGUGGGUUCUCUCUUUGUAUUAGCAGAUUUCUUACUAGACUACAGCCUCCAGAUUCAUUCAAGUCCAUGGUAUUUUUGCCAAUGUAAUGAAUGAGAGGUGUGGAACGGCCCAGAGCCAGGCUCGAGAGUUUCCUGUUCAUUUUAAGUGGGGGGGGGGGAUAAAGGCAAGCUUUACAUGCACAUUUUGUUGUCCGUUGAAAUGAAGGAGAAGCCCUGUGCACACAUAACACUUCCCUGCGCCUAUCCUUCAUUAUUUGUGAUUGCGGAAAUAAAACACUGCUGGUCAAAUCCUUAGUAGCUUCUUCUGGGCCAGCUGAAGUCUUGUGAAUUAACUUUCCAUCCGCAUCACAUAGUAAAAGGGACAGAGGUUAGCCUAGGCUUUUGCCCAGUCUGUGAAAUGCUUGAGUUGUCCUGUUGUGAAUUUUUCUUUUUAAAAUGGAGUGAAUAAUAUUUCCCUCCCCACCCCGUAAAAAAAUUUUCUUCACUUUUGAGGAUUUCUUUUUCCUGUUUGGUUUCAUUUGAUUUGUUUGUUGGGGUGGGUGGGGGAGGGGAGAAAAUCAAGCAACGAUUGGGGUUGUUCAGGGAUUAUAAUAAUAAUAAUAAUUAAUAUUAUUAUGGCUGUGUUUGUGUAAAAUUAUUUCAUUUCAUCUUGUUUGUUUGUUUUCCUUCAUUUUUAUUUGCGUGUAUUGUGCACAGUAACGGAGAGGCAGUGAGUACACUGAUUGUGAUCAAUGGUACACUGAGGCACAGAAAAAAAAUAAAAUUUAUAAUUGGUUCUGAUUUGAACAUUA